GAUACGGCUGCGUCAUCUCUUGUUUCAUUUCAUCACUUUUGUUUUGUUUGAAAGUGCAAAAGUUCUUUUUAUUAAAAUGGAAAGAGCAAAUUUGAAAAAAGUUUUGCUAGCCAGACGGUAUUAUUUAACUCAUCUUUUGCAUUCCAACCGCACUGUUUGGGUUAAGGAUUUAAAUAAAAAUAGAAAAGAAAAGGGACAUGAAGAAAACCUCAUUAGAGAAAUGAGACUGAAUGAUUUGGACAGCUACUUUGAAUAUUUCAGAAUGCACCCCAAAAUAUUUGAUGUUCUGUUAUCGAUUGCUGGACCAAGUAUCGCGAAAAGUGACACCAACUACCGAGAAUCUAUAUCAGCAUCUGAAAGGCUCUCCAUUACUCUCCGAUAUCUUGCAAGUGGUGACUCUAUGAAGAGUAUGGCCUUGAACCAUAGAGUUGGCGUGAGUACAGUAUCAAAAGUUGUCGCAGAGACUUGUCAAGCCAUCUGGNUUCUAUUAAUUAAUAGUGACGAAAAAAUUAUGAAAAUUUGA